UUUCCGGCUCCGCUGCGGAAGGCGAAGAACCGUUGGGCAGGACGCCAUCCGAAGGAGCCGAGCGAACGCGGAACGCGAGUGCUGAGCUCGGAUCUCGGAGCGUGGCUAGGGGCCGGCGCUAUGGGCGGAGAGCAAGAGGAGGAGCGGUUUGACGGCAUGUUGCUGGCCAUGGCGCAGCAGCACGAGGGCGGCGUGCAAGAGCUUGUGAACACUUUCUUCAGCUUCCUUCGACGCAAAACAGACUUUUUUGUUGGAGGAGAAGAGGGGAUGGCAGAGAAGCUCAUUACGCAGACUUUCAGCCACCACAACCAGCUGGCACAGAAGGCCCGGCAGGAGACGAGAGCUCGGCAGGAGACUGAGCGGCGGGAGAAGGCAGAGCGGGCAGCCCGGCUGGCAAAGGAGGCCAAGUCAGAGACCUCCGGGCCCCAGAUCAAGGAGCUGACUGAUGAGGAGGCCGAGCGGCUGCAGCUGGAGAUUGACCAGAAAAAGGAUGCAGAAAGUCAUGAGGCCCAGCUCAAGAAUGGCACCCUAGGCUCACCAGGGAAGCAGGAGGCUGAGGAAGACGAGGAGGAGGAGGACGAGAAGGACAAAGGGAAACUGAAGCCAAACCUGGGCAAUGGCGCAGACCUGGCCAGUUACCGCUGGACCCAGACCCUGUCGGAGCUGGACCUGGCAGUGCCCUUCCACGUGAACUUCCGGCUGAAGGGGAAGGACGUGGUGGUGGACAUACAGCGGCGGCAUCUCCGGGUGGGGCUCAAGGGGCAGCUGGCGAUCAUUGACGGGGAACUCUACAAUGAGGUGAAGGUGGAGGAGAGCUCGUGGCUCAUUGAGGACGGCAAGGUGGUGACCGUGCAUCUGGAGAAGAUCAACAAGAUGGAGUGGUGGAGCCGCUUGGUUUCCAGUGACCCUGAGAUCAACACCAAGAAGAUCAAUCCUGAGAACUCCAAGCUGUCAGACCUGGACAGUGAGACCCGCAGCAUGGUGGAGAAGAUGAUGUAUGACCAGAGACAGAAGUCCAUGGGGCUGCCCACCUCAGACGAGCAGAAGAAACAGGAUAUUCUGAAGAAGUUCAUGGAUCAGCAUCCAGAGAUGGAUUUUUCCAAAGCCAAAUUCAACUAGCCUCUGUGUUUGCUUCCUUAAACUCUUGGGGUUAAGCCUUCAGCCAUCCACCAUCCUUUCCUACCCUUUCCUGGAACUUGGGGGCCUCGGGGCAGGGGCAGGCAUGGGACUGGCCCGGGCAUCUGGGUCCCAGGGCAUCAUGGGAGAAGGGCUGGGGCCUUGUCCUCCCCAGUUGACCUGCUGUUACACAUUAAAACUGUUUACCCAAA